AUGCAUAUUAAAGAAGAAGACAAUGACACCGAUUUAGGAGCAUCAUAUGAUCCAUAUAGAUAUAAAGCUCGUUCUUACAAGGAUAUGGUUGAUCCUUUUUCAAGUAUUAUUAAAAAUGAAGAAAAAGAAAUAGAAUCAGAAAUAUAUGGCACUAUAUUUACUUUACAAAUCAUGUCAAAGAGCAUGUCAUCCUACGAAAUCUAUAUGCUAAUUGAAGAUAAAUUAAAUAUUGAAAUCGAAGAUUUAACAAUAAUCAAAGAUAACAAAGGAAAAUACACAGGACUAGUAAUAGUUCAACUUCGAGAGAAAGUUUCGAAAUCUCAACUUCAACAAUUAGAAACUAUUCAAUUUAAAGGAAAAUCUAUUGCUACACAACUAUAUACAAGCGAACAAGAGUAUAAAGAGUUUAUAAAAUCGAUAGUUUUACAGAAAUUACAGCUUAUUACUUUACCAAUGUUGAAAUCAGUUCCAUUAGUAUAUGUUUACAACUUUGAAGGAGAUCAAAACGAUAUAAAGGAAGUAUUCUCACAGGUAGGUACUAUUUUGCUUGCUGAACAGAAGAAAGACUACUUUAUUUUGUAUUUUUCAAGUGAAUUUGAGGCAAUUCAGGCUUCUAGGCUAUUAAAUCUAAGUAUGAUUAAUGGGAAAGAGAUAAAAUUAACUCUAUUCUAUCCUAGAUCAGUUGAAAGGUCUUUUGGCAUCAGAUUUUGCAAUGAUAUAAAUAUUAUCUUGAAUAUGAUUAAAAAAUUCGGAAAAAUCGAAUCAUCGAAGCAAUACCAAGAUGGAACUAUCUAUAUACUAAUGGAAAACUCGAAAUCUUCAAAGAAAGCUUGUCUUUGGCUAAAUAACAAAAAAAUUGAUUGUUCUUACAUCUCCACGUUCUUUAUCAAAUACAAUGAAUACAAGAAAGCUUGA